UACUGCUCACGAACACUAACCAUAUCCAGAAACCGAGUCACAUUCAGCGUGGAAAAGUGGUUUGCGAAUAAAACCCUCCGAAGCCAUGGAGGUUGUUUCUCAUCCUCUUUGCUGCCACACCAUCGUAACCACCAAAACCUAUCGUUCUCAUAAACAACCACACUUUCCCUCUUCUUCGCAACAUUUUCCCCUCUCGUCUUUCGCCACCACAAGCCUCUCCCGCCGUCCCUCUCCUUUUGCUCCACCAUCAGUUCCGUUCGCAACGCCGGAGAAUCAAUUGAGCGUCGGAGAAGGGGAUGAUACUCAUACUAGUGAUUCCGCACUUCAAGAUUUUUAUUCCCUAAGGAGGGAUGUUGAAAUUGCAUCACAGCGUGUCAAAGAGAUUAGAGAAUCAUCUGGUCUACAAUUAUUGGAGCAAGAAGUUGCCAAUUUGGAAAAGGAGGCAUCUUGUAGCUCCUUUUGGGACGAUCGAGCCAAAGCUCAACAGACUCUUUCUACACUGGCUGAUGUCAAAGAUAAGAUAAAAUUGCUCAAUGAGUACAAAGCUCAGGUUGAGGAUGCAGAAACAAUAGUUAUGUUAACAGAGGAAAUGGAAUCCGUUGAUACAGGGCUUUAUGAGGAAGCUUCUAGUCUCGUUAAAGAACUAAAUAAGUCAGUUGAUCGGUUUGAGCUGACUCAACUUCUCUCUGGUCCUUACGAUAAAGAAGGCGCUGUUAUCACUAUCACAGCAGGUGCUGGAGGUACCGAUGCGCAGGACUGGGCCGACAUGCUUCUUAGGAUGUAUGUGCGAUGGGCUGAGAAACAGAGAUACAAAACCAGAGUGGUUGAGAAAUCUCUUGGAGAAGAAGCUGGAAUAAAAUCUGCCACCAUCGAAGUUGAAGGUCGUUAUGCGUAUGGGUAUUUGUCUGGGGAGAAAGGGACACAUCGCAUUGUUCGGCAAUCCCCUUUUAAUUCCAAAGGUCUUCGUCAGACAAGCUUUUCUGGUAUUGAAGUCAUGCCACUUCUUCCAGAAGAAUCUCUGAAUGUUGAAAUUCCCGAAGAGGAUCUGGAGAUUAGUUUUUCAAGAGCAGGUGGAAAAGGAGGUCAGAAUGUUAACAAGGUUGAAACUGCCGUUCGGAUCACACAUAUCCCAACUGGUGUCACUCUUCGCUGCACAGAGGAGAGAUCCCAACUAGCAAAUAAGAUAAAGGCUUUAAGCCGUUUGAAAGCCAAGCUGUUGGUGAUAGCUGAAGAGCAACGUGCAACUGAAUUUAAGCAGAUUCGAGGGGACAUAGUGAAGGCUGAAUGGGGACAACAAAUAAGAAAUUAUGUCUUCCAUCCAUACAAACUAGUAAAGGAUGUAAGAACAGGGCAUGAAACACCAGAUGUCGCCUCUGUUAUGGAUGGGGAGUUGGAUCCCUUUAUCAAAUCUCACCUUAAACAGAAGUAUAGCAUGACACUUUCUACAAGUGGGGUCAACUAAUAUCUUCUUCAGGAAUCAAGCAACUUUGUCCUCCCGUUCAAUGGAAUGGUUGUUGUAUCAUCAUGUUAUAAACGUGAUUUUGUUAAAAGAAAUCUCAUGUCUAUUUGUAAUACUGCCUCUGCUCCUAUUUAUAUAUAUAUUUUUUAA